AUGGCCUCCAAAACUGAAACCCCAAAGAUAACGCUCUACACCAGCCAUCUAUGUCCCUGGGCUCACCGGUCCCAAAUCGCCCUUCGCGAGCUUGGCCUCCCCUUCGAGACGGUAAUCGUCGACCUCUCUGUACCCCGCACCCCUGAAUAUCUCAAAAUCAACCCUCGCGGCCUCGUCCCAGCCUUGGACUACAACGGUACAAUUAUAACCGAAUCAGGCAUCAUCUCGCAAUUCCUGGUCGAUUCACACCCUUCACAUCUGGAGAAGACCAGCUCUGAGCCAGGAGGAGCCCUACAAAGAGCAAAUAUUAAUUUCUUUGUUGAUACGUGGUUUAGUAAAGUUAAUUCGUUGUCGUACCCGGUGUUCAAGCUGAAGGCAGGGGAGAAGGAGGUUGAGGCUGGGAAGAUAGUUGAUGUCAUUGUUAAGGAGAUUGAGCCAUUGCUACAAGAUGCCGCGCCGUAUUUUGGCGGAUCGGAGAAGUUGACUCUUGCUGAGGUGCAAACGGGCUCUUUUAUUCUCCGGCUUCUCUCUUUCCCAAAGUACGAGGAGUUGCUUCCAAAAAGCGUGUUGACUUCUCUUGAGGCUAGGGCACCUGCUUUCUGGAAAUGGGCAAAUGCAGUGGUCCAGGAGAAGAGUGUUACGUAUGUUUGGGAUGAGCAGAAUGUCGCCACGCGCACUAUCGCAAGGCUUGCGACCUUGCGCUGA